AUGACCCUAGUCGGUGCCAUUUUAGAAAAGGUAAAAUCUAACACAAGUGUCAAUAAGAAAUAUUAUUCCCCGCCUCCCGAAAAUGUUGAAAAUAUAGAGGUGCCCUUGAAAAAAUCUCAUAAGAAAAAAAUAUGUCACUCCAACCGCGUCCGCGCCAAAGUCGACACCUCUCCCUUACCCCUAGACACAACGAGAUGGUACCGCCAUCUAACCGAGUUCCGGAGCAGCGUGUUGCGUAUCAACAACGAGAAUAUGGAGCUUCUUAGAGCUAUAAAGGAGGCGCAUUUCAAAAGCGGAAAAGUAGAUUGCAGAUGGGAAGCGUACCCUGAGAGAACCCUUAAUCAUUAUAACAAUAGAGUCCAUUUCUACCAACGAAUGAAUAAAGCUAAUGAAGAUAUGCACAGACGAAUAAUGAAAAGUGGUCCCAAAGUGGUCACCACUGCGGAUCACCGUCGCGACUGGGCGAAGAACCGUCGGAAAAUCAUAGAAGGAGCGCAAGCUAAGUUCGUGCUGUUCCCGCCAGUGCCUCAAGCAUGCUUAGAGGACGAAGCCUUCGCUGCACCACCAGGAUUUAAACGACCUAGAGUGUACAUAACGUUGCGCAUUCGCGGCUGGGCGGUGAUGGGCGUACUGACUGCUGAGCUGUUUACCGACGUGUGUCCCAAUACAUGCCGUUUGUUCGUCGAGCUGAUGGAUGGAGAUGGCUCGGGAUUUGGUUACGUGGGCACCUGCUUCUUUAGGAAGGUUCCUGGCCUGUACUGGAGCGGUGGGGAUGUGUCCCACAACAACGGGUUCGGUUGCUACGCGCAGUGCGGUCGCACCGUGCCUAUAGGCGCUGAAAACUUUCACUUUUCGCAUUCAAUGCCGGGACUGCUAUCCAUGUGUGUGACCAAGGACAACGAAAUGUGUGGCAUAUUCAACAUCACCUUCAAGCCAUUGCCACAAUUCGACCUACACAACGUUGUAUUUGGAAGGAUAGUGCGCCCGUGCCGCACUUACGAGAGUAUCUCACAGCUGGGGUCUGCUCUUAGUACGUGGCCGGUCGUGGAAGUCAGUGCCACGCGCCGGCAGUUAGAAAACGGAUGGGUGUGCGGCGCGCCGAAUACCAGGGUGCUAGAUAUAAGAAGGCUGCAUCGCAAACGACACGAACAAUAG